AUGAAGAAUCACACCGAGAUUUUUUACUUGGAAGAGGCUGUUUCUCCAGGAGAACAUGGAUGCUGCGCCUCAUGCAAAAGAUAUCCUCCCAACACCGCACUCAUCAACGAUGUCUCAUAUUGUGGUGAGUGUGUCAUAGAAAAAUUUCCUUUCGACAUCUAUAAAACAGUGGAAUUCACUGACUCCGAUGCAAUGUAUCGAUGCCAGUUUUGUGAUAAGGAAGACCUCUCUUUUCGAGAAGCCUUCAUCGGAUCAUGCUGUAGCAUUUCUUUAAAUGCCGAUUUUGAUGUGGAGGACAGAUAUGCAGAACUCCAGCUUGUCCAAAAAAUCUACCGAGAAUCAAUAACGAAAGUACGUUCACUCAAAGAGGAAUCAAAACAAGCUAAAGAAGAUGUAAAAGAAAAGAAAAAUGAGGCCAAAGAAGCGGAUAAAGCUUUCGAAGAAGUGGAAAAAGCUGUCGAAGAAGCGGAAAUAGCUUUUGCGAAUCUUCACUUUCUUGCCCGUCCCCGACUAAAAGAAGAUUUUAAAAAAUCCAAAGAAAAUCGCAAAAAAGCAAUAGAAAAUUUGAAAAAGUCCGAAGAAAAAAGUGUAUCUGCUGAUAAAAGACUUGAAGCGGAAAAGGAGUUCCGUAAUGAAGCGAAAAAACGAUGUCUGAUGGUCACACGGAAAUUUGAAGAUGAUAGUUCUGACGAUGAGGGACCAGCCAAAAAGAAAUCAAAGGAACCCCUCUCUACUGAACGGAAUGAAUGCGGUAUCUGCUGCAAUCCCUACGACGACGAGCACCAUGAAGCCGUCCUUACUUCAUGUGGGCAUAAGACUUGCUACAUGUGUAUAACCGCCAAACUGCCCUCGAAAAAAUGCGCAUUCUGCAAGAAGCCCUUCACCGCCAAAAACAUACUCAAGGUUUUCAACCCUUUGUAA